GGUCUGUAGGAACUGAUGCUACCGGGUCUUGACUUUCAUACAUGUGAUGAACAUGUCCUUAACCACAUCAUUGGCAAAAGUUCCAUCAUCCUGUGGCUAGAGCAGUUUGAGCUGUUAAUCAGUGUUUUCCAGUUCCUCCCAGGUAGCUUUGUGUUGCCUGCCCUGGCCUGCAGCUCCCAUCAGGGACUUGGAAUAUUUCUCUCCAACCUGCCAUGUGCCAGGUCACUGGAAGGGCUGAGCGCGUUCAGGAGCCUGGAGGAACUCAUCUUGGACAACAAUUUGCUCGGGGACGACCUCGUGUUGCCAGGGUUACCCCGGCUGCACACCUUAACCCUCAACAAGAACCGAAUCACUGAUUUGGAGUGUCUGCUUGAUCACCUGGCAGAAGCGACACCAGCUCUGGAGUACCUCAGCUUGCUGGGUAACGUGGCCUGUCCCAAUGAGCUGGUCAGCUUGGAAAAGGAUGAGGAAGACUACAAGAGAUACAGAUGCUUUGUUCUGCAUAAGCUGCCUAGGUUGAAGUUUUUGGAUGCCCAGAAAGUAACUAGACAAGAACGAGAGGAGGCAUUGGUCAGAGGGGCCUUCAUGAAGGUGGUGAAGCCCAAGCCUUCCAGUGGGGACGUUGAUGCCUCUCAGGAGCACCAGUACACACCUCUGCCUUCUGCUUCCAGAGAGCUCACCAGUCACCGAGGUGUCCUGGGAAAGUGUCACUAUAUUUACUAUGGGAAAAACUCUGAGGGCAACAGGUUCAUCCGAGAUGAUCAGCUCUGAAGACAAACUCUGUGUGCCUUUGCCUAUUUUGUGAAAAUGAAAGGAAAAGGGAAGCAAAAAUAAAAAGCCCAAGAAAGAAACGAUGACCCACCUCGUGUCUCUGGGGGAAGGCUGUGGCUUCAGCUGUUGGUUCCUUGUGCUGACUUUGCCAGGCUCGUCAAGAUCAUCCUUCUGCCUUACACUGAGUGGUCACAGAGAGAUUGACAUGAUUGCCCUUAAGCAGGUCUCAUCUACCAGGGUGACAGACAGUAGCAGCGAAGCACCAGGGCUGACAGCAUGAACACCAUGAUAAAUUGCCUGGUCCCUCCACUGCUCACAGGGGAGCAGAGGUCACACCUGGGGCCUCCCCGAGCAUGCUCAGUAGCUGUAGUCUAGGGAGAGAGACUGUCUUCUACUUGCCUGCUAAGUCAAGAUUCCUCUUAUACCACUCUGCUGUAAGUUUCUUAUUAGUGGAAUAGUCCCAGUUUAGGGGAAGGCCACUUAAACUUUAGCCUUUAUAUUCUGCAUACACACAGCUCAUAUGCUUGCCCCUUUCCCCUCUCCAAUACUUUAGCAUCAUCUUUAACACAGGUGAUAUGCACCACGUGCAGUUUUUCAGAGAACAGAAGGGAUAACCUCUCAGCCAGGUCAUGCAUUCAUGGCCAGCUUCACGUUGCUAUAUUGGAUUAAAUUGCUUUCCCUAAAUCCCUGACUACAAAAACAUGAGCUUUAUCUUAUUUCAUUUAUUUCCAAAUCCACUUCUUGCCUGAAACGCAACACAGCAAGAGGUAUCUUUCCCAGCAUAAGGGUUUGUUUGCACCAGGGACUCUUAUUUAUUUUUAACCACACACACACUUCUAGCUAUGCCUAUGGCCAUAUUUGUGCUGGGGGCUGGUUUGCUCCUUCGGGUGCUAUUUAAAAGUAGUGAGGUGAUGAAAGAUAGAGUAAUGGGUCAGGAGGUUGAAAAACAAAAUGAAGACUACAGAAAAUACCCACUAGAUCACGUGGUUUUUAUAAAAGGCACAACCCUUUUGAAUUUCAUGUGUUUUUUUCUCAGGACCUCUCAGAAAUUAGAGCUACAGUUUAAGAGCCAUUGCUAUGUCACUGUGUAUCUUUGGCGGUAUUCUAGCACCAAAGUCACAAGGGAAAUAAGCACUAUCAUGCUAGUUGGGUGACUGCCAUUUAUUGAACUUACGGUGCACAGGUCAAACGGCUCCGGGAGAUACUGCAAAGACUGGUUGCUGUUUGACACAAUAGCAUUUAUUUUUGCUUCUUGUAUUUGGACCAGAUGUUCAUUGUCCUGGGUCCCCUAGUAUUGGAACAGCAAAGUCCGGAAGAGAAUCCCUCCAAGUUACAGCUACCAAGUGACAAGAGAGUUGCUGUUGUAAAUGUCUUUGGGGAUGCAGAAUCCCUGCGCUGCCUGAGAAGAACCCUCUUUCUCAGCUCUGGUCCGUUUACAUAGCCUCUGGCCUCCUGAGUCAACACAGUCCUGGAAUGACAUGUAUUGAGGCUGGCAGGAGUCCGGCUUGUAGAUUAUACAACCUCUGCUAAUCAGCUGUUCAGACCAGUUAACAUUAAAAUCCUUGAGACCAUUAAUAACUAGAGAUUAUGGAAUGUUUGCUUACAUUUCUCCAACCUAUUAAUAACAAGAGUUGAGUACCGUUUCUGUGUUUGAUCCACAAAACAGCACUGAGAUCAUGUUUUAAGUCCGCUGCUCUCGGUCCCACCCUGGUUCUUUGUUUAGAAGCAUCAACACUUUUUUUGUGUCCAUGGCAUAUCAUGGGCAGCAGAGCUCUCUGCGAGGGCAGCUAGACUAGUCCGAUGUCAUAUCCAAUCUAGCAGCACAUAUAUCCUUGUCUUUAUAAAAGGCUUUAACCCUGCCUCAAACAAUAAAAAAGCACUUGUGAACUGA